AUGCUGCAGCUGAGCCUAUCCUGGCUGGGACUGGGGCCAGUGGAAGCCUCACCAUGGCUACUCCUGCUCCUGGUUGGGGCUUCCUGGCUUCUGGCCCGAGUCCUGGUCUGGACCUGCACCUCCCUUGACAAUGUUCGCCGCCUCCAAGGUUUCCCACAGCCUCCAAAACAGAACUGGCUCUUGGGUCACAUAGGCCAGGUCCCCCCCACGGAGGAGGGCAUGACAAAACUCACUCAGAUGAUGAACACCUACCCCAAUGGAUUUAUGAUCUGGAUGGGCCCCAUCACUCCCAUCGUUGUUUUGUGCCAUCCUGACUUGAUCCGGACUAUGGCCAAUGCCUCAGCUGCCGUCGCACCCAAGGAUGUGGUCUUCUAUGACUUUCUGAAGCCCUGGCUGGGAGAUGGGCUCCUGCUGAGUGCUGGUGACAAGUGGAGCAGCCACCGUCGCAUGCUGACACCUGCCUUCCACUUCAACAUCCUGAAGCCCUACAUGAAGAUUUUCAAUGACAGCGUGAAUGUCAUGCAUGCCAAGUGGCAGCGUCUGGUCACAGAGGGCCACAACCGUUUGGACAUGUUUGAACACAUCAGCCUCAUGACCCUGGACAGUCUGCAGAAAUGUGUCUUCAGCUUUGACAGCAAUUGCCAAGAGUUGUUGAUCCCUUUCAUACUCUCAUCCUGCAGGAAGCCUAGUAAAUAUAUUGCUGCCAUCUUGGAGCUCAGUGCCCUUGUAGCAAAACGGCACCAGCAGAUCUUCCUGCACAAGGACUUCCUGUACUACCUCACCCCUGAUGGGUGGCGCUUCCGUAAGGCCUGCCGCCUAGUGCACGACUUCACAGAUGCCGUCAUCCAGGAGCGGCGCAACACCCUUCCCACAGAGGGCAUUGAUGACUUCCUCAAGGCCAAGGCUAAGGCUAAAACUUUGGACUUCAUUGAUGUGCUCCUGCUGACCAAGGAUGAAGAUGGGAAGAGAUUGUCAGAUGAAGAUAUCCGAGCUGAAGCUGACACCUUCAUGUUUGAGGGCCAUGACACCACAGCCAGUGGCCUCUCCUGGGUCCUGUACAACCUGGCAAAGCACCCAGAAUACCAGGAGCGCUGCCGGCAGGAGGUGCAUGAGCUCCUGAGGGACCGUGAGCCUAAAGAGAUUGAAUGGGAUGACCUGGCACAGCUGCCCUUCCUGACCAUGUGCAUCAAGGAGAGUCUGCGGUUGCAUCCUCCAGUCACUGUCAUCUCCCGUCGCUGUACCCAGGACAUUGUGCUCCCAGAUGGCCGGAUCAUCCCCAAAGGUGUUAUCUGCCUCAUCAGUAUUUUUGGGACCCACCACAACCCAUUGGUGUGGCAAGAUCCUGAGGUCUAUGAUCCAUUCCGCUUCGACCCAGAAAACAUCAAGGGGAGGUCACCUCUGGCUUUCAUCCCUUUUUCAGCGGGGCCCAGGAACUGCAUUGGGCAGACAUUCGCUAUGACAGAGAUGAAAGUGGUCCUGGCUCUCACACUACUGCGCUUCCGUGUUCUGCCGGUGGAGGAAGAGCCGCGCAGGAAGCCAGAGCUGAUUCUGCGCGCGGAGGGCGGACUUUGGCUGCGGGUGGAGCCGCUGACCGCAAGCCCUCAGUGAGGCAUUUCCUCCAGGCCUGGGACUCAGUCCAAACCAUCCCCAUACCAGCUCAGAUUCCCAGCAAUAAAACUGUGUUGUCACUUUUA